UAACUUAUCGUUACUUUAUAGUCGCAAUUAGUAAAAAUAAAAGCUUUUAAUAAUGACGGAAAGUUGCAAAUUUUCAAAAGUGUCUGAUUUUAAUGCCAACAACCCUUCCCCCUCUUUUUGCGUAAUUCUUAGUGAGGUCGUCGACGAUCGUUCUCUCUAUUUCUCCGCCUUCGUUCUUUUCUCUCCUUUUUCCGACUGGUGCAAAAGAGGGGACCCGCACCCUGACCCACAAGUGGGCCCCGGUACCUCCUCAGUCAGUCAGUCAGUCAGUCAAACAAGUCUAACAGGCAAUGCGGGCCCACAUAAUACCGUGGCUGCCGAACUCGCGGUAAAGUAGUUUGACACGCACGUGUUCGAACCGGGUAACGACACAGUGUGUCUUCCUUUAACUGUUUUUGCGGUUACCUUUUUAAAUUGAAGAAAAAGAAGCGGGAAAGAAAGAAAAAGAAGGAGAAAAGAGAGAGAGAGAGAAAGAGAAUGAGGAAAGCGAAGAUGAUACUGAGAACAGUCCCUGGGGGCAUCGUCCUUUUUCUCCUACUUAGCGGAUCGAUUGCUGCUCAGGAUGACGAUUCUUUGGCUGGCAGUUUUUUGUCAGGUCUAUUAGAUUCCAUAACAAGUACAGCCAACAGUGCAGAUUGUCCAGGUGUGUGUGUACAUGCAUUUGCAACGUUAAUAUGUUACGAAGUUCUUGAGCAUGUAGAAUGCCCUACUAGUAUGCGAUGUUGUAUUGAGGCGCCUAUAAAUGGUACCGGAACUUCUGAAAAUGCUGUCUCUCCGCAUGACGAUGACUCUACUUCAACUAUUAUCACUACCGUUAAGACAACAACCACCACGAGUACAACAACACCUUCGACCACUACGGCACUUACAACUGUGCCUUCAACAACAUCUGUAAAAGCUACUUCCGAAAGUCAGAAAGAAGCAGUGAACAAAACGUCGUCAAAAACGUGUUCAGGAAUCUGUAUGGCAGAAAGAAUUGCUGAUUACUGCGAUGCAGUUUUGGUAAUAGAUACCCUUUGCAAGCCAGGUUACAAAUGUUGCGUAUCCAGAGAUGCAUUUGGAGAUUCACCUCCGCCAGAACUACUAGUCAUCGACCGAGCCAAUUCAAGUCGUUUCGAUGAAAAGACAGGUCUCAACACAUCUUACAAAGGUUCCUCGCCUUCUACAACUAUGAGGCCAAAUAUGAUUACUUCUACGAGCAUAGCUAGUACUACAAUAGCAACCACUACUAUGAUAACGAAACAACCAACAACUACGAUAAGACCAAAGAUUACGAUGAGAAAGCCAUGUAAAGGUGAAUGCGUUAGUGGCUUCUUCGCUCUUUUGUGCGAUAAAGUGGAUGGGGAAGCUGAAUGUCCUGAUGAUGGAUCUUGUUGCGUCAUCGAUGCUUUCUUAAAAACGGAAACAACAAUCACAACAACGACAAUUGGACCAACUACAAAACCGCCGGAACCAAAAUUGCAACCGUGCCCCGGAUUUUGCCUGUUAACCAUUAUGGCAGCUUUCUGUGAACGGCCAAGUGCAAUAAUAGCGAAGACUUCGACUUGUCAAUCCGGAUAUAUUUGUUGUGACAACACGAAAAGCUCACCGCAGACAGUAAACGUAGUGACACCAUCUUCUCCAUAUCAGACACCAAGGCCAAGGCCAAGGCCCACAGCAAGACCAUCAAUUACUACAAUUUCUUUACCAAGGGACACACGCGCAGAGUGUCCUGGAUCCUGUAUUGUUUCCUAUUUAUCAUUCACUUGUUUCAGAAAUGCCGAACUAACAAAUUUGUUCAAAUGUAAGAAACAAGGGCAUCAGUGUUGUGCUCCAAAAUCAUUGAUACGAGAAUUGAACGGUGGAAAUUCCACUGAAGCAAUUUUGAGUAAUAGAAACGACACUAUGUAUGUUACUUCAAGGCCAUAUACAACACCACUUUCAACGUCUGUAUAUGAAACAACAACAAUGAUGACGACAAUGAGAAGCCCUGUGUACAGUAAAUACGUGUGUGGGGUAAAAGGAACUUCCCGUGGACCGAUCCAAGCGCGUAGUCUUGAAAGAGGAGCUCGCGUUGUUGGAGGGGAAGACGCAGAUGCUAAUGAAUGGUGCUGGCAAGUUGCUCUGAUUAAUUCCUUGAAUCAAUAUCUCUGUGGCGGUGCGCUCAUUGGCACGCAGUGGGUAUUGACUGCUGCACAUUGUGUAACAAACAUUGUGAGGUCUGGCGAUGCGAUUUAUGUAAGGGUAGGUGAUCACGAUUUGACAAGGAAAUAUGGAAGUCCUGGUGCUCAAACUUUGCGAGUAGCAACCACUUACAUUCAUCACAAUCAUAACAGUCAAACUCUUGAUAAUGAUAUAGCACUAUUAAAGCUUCAUGGACAAGCAGAACUUAAAGAUGGUGUUUGUUUAGUAUGUUUGCCUGCACGGGGAGUUAGUCAUACAGCUGGUAAACGAUGCACCGUCACUGGUUAUGGAUAUAUGGGAGAAGCUGGUCCUAUCCCGCUUCGUGUACGAGAAGCGGAAAUACCGAUUGUAAGCGACGCAGAAUGCAUACGAAAAGUGAAUGCUGUAACUGAAAAAAUUUUCAUUUUGCCAGCAAGUAGUUUCUGUGCUGGUGGUGAACAAGGCAACGAUGCAUGUCAGGGCGAUGGAGGAGGUCCUUUAGUAUGCCAAGAUGACGGAUUCUUUGAAUUAGCUGGGCUGGUAUCAUGGGGCUUCGGUUGUGGAAGAUUGGAUGUUCCUGGAGUUUAUGUCAAAGUUUCGGCGUUCAUUGGUUGGAUCAAUCAAAUUAUUUCCGUAAAUAAUCUUUAGCUUUUUUAUAUUCUACUAAUAAAAGUUAAAGUAUUUAUUUAUUAAGGAAAUGUUAUAGUACCUUUACGCGCUUGAUGACGUAACAACUUGCGUUACGUAUCCAGCAAAGAUAACUAAGAAAAGUUUUCUUGAAUAUUAUUUAAUUAUAUAAAUUAAAAAAUGUGAAAAAAAGAGAAACUUUUUUGUAAUGUUAUUUUGAAAAUAUUACGAUACUC